AUGGCAUUUGGAAAGUUAGAUGCUGUUAGAGGAUUAUCAUUAAAAAAGCAUCCAUAUAACUUACUUAAUCUCUCUUUUCACCUUCACAAUGGAUAUGAUGUUUCGGAUAAGAACAGUUCAUUAAAUCUAAAAUUUGAAACAUUUCAAAAGCUCUAUAAA